AUGGAGGAGCGCCAAGUUCGCGAUCCUCCGACAGAUAUUCAUGCGCCAUCCUCCGUUCAACCCGCCGGAUUCCGUUCCAGUGUGAAACCCUCCGGUAGCGCAGCAAAGUCGCCCUUUGCGACAUCCAACCUACGUCGCGCGAACACAGUAGCACAAGGGGGAGGGAACAUCUCGAAGAUCAAUUUGGAAUCACCGGCGGUGGCCAGCGAGAAACUCGUAGAGGUCUCGCAGCUGCGUAGUAGGGACAGCCAUGAGCUUCUUCAGAAAUCCCUGUCGCCCAAGCGGUCACUCACGCAGCGUGGUCCGCGGGAGGCACCGGCGAAUGGCAGGGGUGGAUCGCAUUUCACCGUGGGUAGCGUCGGUCAGAACGGGAGAAUAUUUCUUAGACCGAUUCGAAACCCAUCCAUAAAAGAACUUCGUGCACAACAACAGCAACAACAACCCUUCUCGUCCUCGACAGACCCGUCGCAGACUGAGCGCCUACAUCCGAAUACUGCGCACAGUGGUGGCCAAGGUGCCAAUGAUUCCGCUCGUUGGUCCAACUCACAGUUGUCCGAAUUACAGCCGGACGUGACUCGAGAAGAGAGCGUGGUCGAUGAUGGCGAGUCGGUCGUCACGGAAUCAGCACGAUCUGAAUACCGCCAGCGCCAACGACCGCAUUCCUUCUCCACUAUCUCGGAACAUCAGUCUACCUCGAGCAUCAGACCUCGUGGGGAAUAUCACCGCAUCGUCAUUGACAGGCCGGAUGAUCGACGGAGGAGCGACAUUGCAGAGGAGCCUUCUGCCUUCCCAACAUUGGAGGUUUCCAUCCCCAAUUACCGGUUGGGUCUGCCGCAGUUCAAUAACACUGGAAGCCCACCCCUGCAGAGCUCGUGUGGAUCGACCCAGGACCACUUUCGCGCAUCACCUCUUCUUGGCGAAAAUCUGAAUAGUCAUCCGUUGUCCAAUGUCUUGAGUGAUUCUGUGGUACCAGAGAGACCGUCGUUCGUUUCCUCUAUCUUGUCCGGUACUGGUGUAGAAUUGAGCCCAGGUCCCAUGGCGACGGAAGUCCCCAUAUUCUACGAGAUGAAGGAGCCCAUCGAACCUUCUGUCUUCGAAGCCCUAGUUUCAGACAUGGACGACGAAUCAGUAGUUCGAUAUAUCUCUGGCACGAGGGAGCUCAGCGCCGCAACUCCCGCGCGCAUUGUUGCGCAAAUCUCGUCAGAGUCUUUCAUGGACUAUGAGCUCGUCUCAGACUUCUUCCUCACCUAUCGUUCCUACCUUUCUCCCAGUCACCUUCUCCGCCUCUUACUUGCUCGACUACAGUGGGCAAUCAACCGCUGGCAAGAUGACGGACGGAUCAUUCGUAUCCGCACGUUUGCGGCGCUCCGCCAUUGGAUUCUUAACUAUUUCGCCGACGAUUUCACAGAGGACUAUGAGCUCCGGGUUUAUUUUUGCGAGAUCAUCAACCUGCUAUACAACGAUGUUAGAUCCCGGGAAAAUGGUGGAACAAGCGACUUGAAGAUCCUCAUUGAUCUUAAGCGUUGCUGGCAUGGCAAGUGCGCCAUGUUCUGGGAUGCGCCGGAACUCUCGUCCGCAUAUUACCUCCAGGAUAGCCCUGUUGUUCCGGGGGAUUCCAAUGAAACCGUACAUGGCGAUCAGGGUGAACCCGCUCAACACUUCGGCCAGCCUGAAUUAGCCUUGAGCACAGGUGACGAUGGUGCUUACCUGGUCAACGUGAAUGCUGGUCAAGAACCUGCUUCCACCCAGCAUUAUCGAAAACACUCAGGAACCACGAAUCAAAGCGUCCCGGUAACCGUCCAGAGUGAUGACCACUGUCUUGCGACUUCCUGCUCAUUCCCACCCAAAUCCCACAGACGCCCUUCGAACCCUCCUCCUAAGACAGCGCCACAUCCUGUACCUCUGUCGCCAGCAAAAUACACCUACACUACUCAACCGCCCAAGUCGUCAGCAGCGGCUUCUUCGAAACGUCGUCCAUUUUAUAACCAUGCCCACAAGCGCAGUGGGAGCUUCUCUGAUUCUGUUCGGGAUGAUCGCGCCCCGUUGCCAUUGCUUAAACUUGACCAAUGGGGCAUCGGUUUGCAAGAGGCCCUAGACCCUGCAGGCUUGAUUCGAGGGACCUUGUAUCCUCCCGCCGAAUCCUACAUGACCAUGAUGGCACCCCCAUCACCGCCACUCCCGUUGGGCUCUGUCACUCCUGCUCUGGAGCGUCAAAGUACGACCGAUGGGACGUCCAAACCAACAACCUCAGGAUCGGGUGUCAAGACCAUUAUCGGAUCCAUCCGCAGAGCGAUAAACGGAGCAAAACAUGGUAGCCAGAGUAUCUCACGACAUACUCGCGCAUACUCAGGGUCACCCUUGCGAGGGAAGACGUCGACCCUUCCGAAUAACGUGGCUUUCGGAUCAGACUACUACCGGGAUCGGAAGACGAGCGCACAGGCCAAGAAACUGACACGAAUCGAUACCCUCUGCGAUGAAGUGUUGAGGCAGUACCGUCAAGUUAUUGCGGAGCAGGAAGACACUAAACAAGAUACGUUGCAACAAGAAGCUUUUACGCCUCGUCUGCAAGUACCUCCAUCGAGGAUUGGCUCGCAGGCCAGGUCACGAAGCGGGUUGACGAUGGGGAGUGAAUCAAUUGUUAUUGUGGAUGAUACAGGCUUGGACAUACCGAUGGUCACGGGGGCUAACGGAGAACCAAUUGUUGAUUUUGAGCGCUCCCCGGGUUUCUUUAACGCAGGGAACGGUAUUGCAACUCCAAAGACGAACUCUUUGCGUGUCCCGUCUACUCGUGGGGACGAUGGAUAUUCCCUGCGAAUCUUUUACGACGACAGCAUCCCAUCGGGAACAUUGCAACAGCCGCCCAAGACAUUUUACAAUGAUUCUGACUCGUCCGCCUCGCGGAGGUCGAUUUCCAUCGGACAUGCAUCAUCGUUCCGCAAGAGGACAUCACCCUCGCUUCGCCUCCGGAAGUACGCGUCUUUUCAAAGUAUCAUCUCGAGGCGUCGUCCCGCUACAAGUGCGAACGGCGAGCCAGUCCCGCUAGUUGCCGACUUGAGCGUUCUCCAGGAUGAACCGGAGACGCCUACAGGCCCAAUUUUACGUAGACGCCCUGGCGGUGAUCUGCGUAAGAUGCAGAACGGCAAAAACCGAUUGUCCUACCUUAGGUCAAGAUCAGCCAUCUCCGUUGCUGAGAGCGAUCUCACUGCUGCUUCUGCUCGAGAUGUGCAAUCGAGGCGACCAACUACUCUUAUUCCGCCUAACCCGCGGUACUCCCUUGUCCAGACAAACUCGAGCCAGGAUGUAAGGCGUUCGUUUGAGGCGGCGAUUGCCAAGUUUGCACAGAUCCCUGACGAAGAUGACGGAGGCGUGGAGUCGACGUUGCUGAAGUUGGAGGGCAAGUGGGAUGAGCCUGAGACUCCGAAGGCUGAGGGGGAGGGGUCUUCGUCUGCGUCUCAUCAUCGCAAUGUACCUCUCGUGGUACGACAGAACGGCAGUGAUGAUGGCUUUCAGAGACGGCCUACUUAUCUUGCUGACCCCUUGACGUAUUCGCAAGUUCGGGAGAAGAUACGUCCAAUGCGACCUUACUCGGACUCUGUUGCAGAAUCGGAAGAGUCAUUCUCCUCUAUACCCUUGCUCGAGCGUGGACUGAGCGAUGAAUCGAUGAAAAAACCUCCCGCGCUGACUCGUGUUGCUACUAAUCCCGCGGGAACACCGCGUAUCAGUCGUACUGAUACCUCUGAUUGGGACUCAUCGCGGCCCUCGAUGCACGUCGUUAACAGAACUGAAAGUAUCAACCGUAUUCCUCGGGGCUCAACAGUGCCUAUUCCUAGACCUCUUGCGCCUCGAGAUCGGACUCGGCUUUCUGAAUUAUCCCUUGAUAUCAUUGAUCGCCGUGAGCUAUUGGAGGGCCGUCCUUCUACGGAUUCCGCUAGGCUGAGUAGGUCGUCGUAUGGGAUCCCGCCUCACCCUCUUGCUCAACCUCCGUCUCCUCCGAUGACUAUCCAGAACCCGCGUUCUGUUACUUCUUGGGCCACGCCGUUGGACCCUGUCAUUGUCCAGGCUCAGCCACUUACACCUGAUCCGUCUCCCAGCCGCAGGGGGGAUCCAGAACCGGGUCCUUCUCGAUCCAUCGGUAUGCAACAGGAUGUGCUAUCGAGAUCCGAGCAUGGUCAACAACAAACAAGGCUCGGUGCCGCACCUGAUGUGGACCACGUGCCUUUCAUCCUCGCCUGUGAAUCGCAGCUCCUUGCUCAGCAGUUAACACUGGUGGAGAUGGCAGCCCUGAGCGAGAUCGACUGGCGCGACCUCGUCGAAAUGCGCUGGAGCAGCGGCUCUUCAACAAACCUGAGCUGGGUACAGUUCCUGACUUCCGAAAACCACCGCGGCAUCGAUCUAGUGGUAGGCCGUUUCAAUCUGAUGGUAAAAUGGGUUCUUUCGGAGAUUGUCCUCACCCGGGAUAUCCAUGAACGUGUUCAAACUAUCAGCAAGUUCAUUCAUGUCGCGGUGCAUGCGAAGCGGAUGUGCAAUUACGCUACCAUGCUUCAGAUCGCUAUCGCGCUUUCGUCGAUUAAUUGUGCCCGGUUGGAAAAGACCUGGUCACUCGUCUCGCCUGAGGAUAAGCGGUUACUGAAAGACAUGGAAGCGCUCAUCCAGCCUGUCCGCAAUUUCCACGAUCUCCGUGUUGAGAUGGAGACUGCAAAUCUGCAGGAGGGCUGCAUUCCUUUUGUUGGUCUCUAUAUCCACGACCUUAAUUACAACUCGCAGAAGCCCGCGCAAGUUACCACGCAAGCUGGUGAGCCGUUGAUCAACUUCGAGAGACAUCGCACAACCGCGAGGAUUGUGAAGAAUCUGCUGCGGUUGAUUGACGCGAGUACAAAAUAUGCGUUUGAGCCUGUGCAGGGUGUUAUUGAACGGUGUCUUUGGAUUGCGUCGUUGGAUGAGGAGGGAAUCCAGAUGCGGAGUCGGGACCUUGAUUGA